CCUGCUCGCCCCUCCCACCGCCUCUCCGCCUCCUCCCCUCCAGCCGAUCCGCUGAACUCUCCCGGGCCGAGGCUUCCAGGGAGCCGGGGACUGAUCGCAUCCAGCCGGGCAGGAGAGCCGCCAGCAAGAUGAAGACGAGCUGCUGAACGCUGACAUAUCCUGAUGUAGCCGAAGACCACCGCCGAUCGGAUCCCGGGCAGCGAGGGGUCGGAGACAUUGGAGGGAGAGCGCAGUCCAGGGGGAGAGCGAGACGCUUAGUUAAUUCAUUCCAAAGAGUGUGGACAAUGAGUGCGCAAGAUGUGACUGUCAAGACAGAAAAAACGGAAGAAGUCCUCCAGCCUGUGCUCUGGAAACAGAAGGCCAAAAAUUCUGCCAAAAACAAAAUGGAAGAUGGCGCCGAGGAGGUGCCGGCCGAAAUCUGCGUGGUUAUCGGAGAAAACCGCAAUCAGCAGAAUAUCGGUGGAGACUCUCCGGACAGACACACAGCAGCCAUGAGCAGGGAGACGUCUUGGAGCGGGGGCAGCCGUCCACGGAACAUCCCUCCAAGAAUCAGCACAUCUUCUCCAGGGUCUUACGAAUGUGGAAUUUGUCGGAAAAAGUACACGUAUUACAACUGCUUCCAGACUCACGUCCGAGCGCACAUAGACAAUAAAGCUGCAUCUGUAGAAGGAGUGUCGUCGCAGGGAAACAAUUUUCGCUACACGUGCGACGUCUGUGGCAAAAAGUACAAAUAUUACAGCUGUUUCCAGGAGCACAGAGACUUACAUGCCGUGGAUGACACCUAUAUCCAUAUGAUGGUAACGUCAGGGGACAUAAAAGAAGAGGACUUAGAAUCAUGUGUCAAACUUGGUCCAAAAACCGGUAAUUAUAUGUGCGAGUUCUGUGGCAAGCAGUACAAGUAUUACACCCCGUACCAGGAGCACGUCGCUCUGCACACCCCUCUCAAAACUGCAUUCAACCAAGACCUGGAAGCCAAGCAGCCCAACAACUACGAGGAGACCAACAGCAAUUCUCAGCACUCCAGCGCCGGCUCAAGUCGGACACAUGCAGGGAUGUCAGACAUGUUGGGUGGAAGUGGAGGAGGCAGCAGCAUGACCAACUGGCAGAAGGAAGCCGCCAGUCCGAUGACCUCCAGCUCGUUCCCGCUCAUGCAAGGCAAAGGAUGGAAGAAGAAGAUGAAAAGAAAGGAGGAAACAAACAACAAGUCUGUGAAAGAAGACAAAAGUGGUAAAGUAGAAGAACCGUACACUUGUGGGGCAUGCGGGAUUCAGUUCCAGUUUUACAACAAUCUCCUGGAGCACAUGCAGUCACACGCCGCUGACAAUGAGAACAACAUGACCACCAGCCAGCCCAGGUCGCUGCCACCUGCAGAGGAGAACUGGAAGUCUCAGCCCCAAAGAAACAACACAAAUAACACAGCUGCAGCGUCUUCUGUACCAGUGCCAGCUGCCAACAACUCUGUCCCUGAAAAGGAGCGCCAACACAUUGCAGAAAGGCUUCUGAGGGUAAUGUGCGCCGACCUGGGAGCUCUGAGCGUGGUCAACGGCAAAGACUUCCUGAAGCUGGCACAGACCCUCGUAGACACUGGAGCUCGCUACGGGUCCUUCUCAGUCAACGAAAUUCUGGGUAACAUGAACACGCUAGCAUUGAAGCAUCUACCACGAAUGUACAACCAAGUCAAAGUCAAGGUGACCUGCGCCCUGGGCAGCAACAUCUGCUUGGGGAUCGGGGUCACCUGUCAUUCGCAAAGCGUCGGUUCGGACUCUUGUUACAUCCUCAUCGCAUAUCAGGCGGAAGGAAAUCAGAUAAAACGCUACGUGUUGGGCAUUAAAGACAUGGACAGUAGAGACAGCGGCGAAUUCAUCCACCAGUGGGUGCAGAACGUCCUCUCGGAGUUUGUCAUGUCGGAGAUUAGGACGGUGUACGUAACGGACUGCAAAGUUAACUCUUCCGCUUUCUCCAAGGUCGGGACGUGCUUACGCUGUUCCGCAUGCUCCUUGAACUCUGUGGUACAAAGCGUAUUGAACAAGCGCACGUUGCAGGCCCGUAACAUGCACGAUGUCAUAGAACUAUUGAAUGUCACCGAGGAGCUGGCAGGGUCGAGCGGUAUCGCCAGGGAGACGUUCGGUUCCUUGGAAGAAAGCUCUCCUCCUCCUUGCUGGAACUCUGUCACAGACUCCCUUUUGCUUGUCCACGAGCGAUACGAGCAAAUCUGUGAAUUUUACAGCCGGGCAAAGAAACUGAACAUCAUCCAAAACCUCAACAAACAUCUACUGAGUAAUUUAGCUGCCAUAUUGGCCCCAGUGAAGAAAGCCGUCAUCGAGCUCAGCAACGAGCGCAGACCAACCCUACAGCUUGUUCUUCCCACCUACGUCAAGCUGGAGAAGCUCUUCACCUCCAAGGCCAACGACGCCGGGGUCAUCAGCAAGCUCUGCCACCUGUUCCUCGAAGCUUUGAAGGAGAACUUCAAGGUCGAGUCUGCACACAAAGUCGCCAUGAUUUUGGACCCUCAGCAGAAACUGCGGCCCGUUCCUCCCUAUCAGCACGAAGAGAUCAUCAGUAAAGUGUGUGAACUGAUCCACGAGGUCAGAGACGGGGCAGAGGAGACCGAGUUUGAAGCUCCAACCAAAAAACCUAGACAAUCCACCGAGACGACCAAAGUUCAAGAAGAUGAUCGGCUGGGGAAGAACGAAGUCUACGACUAUCUACAGGAACCUCUUUUUCAAGUGACUCCGGACCUUUUCCAGUACUGGUCAUCGGUUUCCCAAAAACACACGCACCUCUCCAAACUGGCUUUUUGGCUGUUGGCCGUCCCGGCGGUCGGGGCGCGCAGCGAGUGUGUAAAUAUGUGCGAACAGACAUUACUGAUCAAAAGGAGGAGACUUCUCAGCCCCGAGGACAUGAACAAAGUCAUGUUUCUGAAGUCCAAUAUGCUUUGAACUCGGUCGUGUUUUUUUUGGGGGGGGUGGGGGGGGGGGGGGUUUGGACUUCUUCUAAAAACACUGUUCCAAAAAUUGAAGUGAAUGACAAAGGAUUUUAUGCUGAAAACACUGUGGACCUCAACAAAACGAAACGCUAGGAACCAAGUGCAUUUUAUUUUUUUAGGUUUUAGGUUUUUUUCCGUUUUUCUUAGACUCAAGAAAGACAAGGGCGAGUGUUUGUUUUUAGGAUUACCCGCGAACGAUGGCGACUGUUCUUUACGCUACAGGCAGCUGACUUCCAAAGUCACUUGAAGAUAGUUGUUUUUUGUUUCUUUUUCUCGUUCCUCGAAUUAGUUUUUUCUCUACAUAUAGUAAGUAUUUAUUUUUCACGAUUUUUGGCAGGGCCUUAUCUUAUACAGUGUAUUUGUUCAAUUGAAAUAUUGGGGGACGGAGAUAAAAAAAAAUAGUGAAGGAGCCUCCAACCAACCGUGAGGAUGAGGGACUGACAACUAUCUCCAUUUCCCACUUUCGUUGAGUGUUUUUUGUUCUACAGGAAACCGCCCUGUUGUAUUUUUUUAUGUCCGCUCUUUAAACUACUGUAUACUGACUGUACUGUUAGAACCCACGUUACUGGUCCCGAAGAACGUACAUGGUGAAUGUAUGUGCAAUAUCUGGCACAAGAGCAUGCCCACACCAGAACUGUAGCACAACUGUAACGCAGCGCGCUCACUCAGGCCUAGCCUAAGGCUUCAGAAACUGUGGUUUUAUUUAAAGGGGUUUUCCAAGAGCACAUAAAAUAGUUUGUGGGGGGGGGGGGGUUUAAUUCAGAAACAGCGCCACCGUCGGUUGUGUUUGGUAACGCAACCUAAGAGUGUCAUUGUUUUUGGAAUAAAAAAUAAAAAAAAGAUUAGAAAAACAUGGCUCCUCCAUUCCGCCGUCCAUGGUUUUUGGCCGGUAUUGCAGCUCGGCUCCAUUGAAGUAAAUGAGACUGAACAGCAGUACCGCCUACAACCUGUGGACAGGAAAGAAAACCGCCAUUUUUUUUCUAAUUUUAGACGACCCCUUUAAGACCUCGUCCAUGGAUUCAGUACCCUAUUCUUUCACUGUUGACCCCGCCCCUGCUGUACCACUUCCAUAAUUCUACUCUACCUCUAGUAGCCCCCAUCAUUUGUUUUUGUCCCCCGUGGGCGGCCCAUGCACACAGAGGGUCCUGCACCGUGUCUGGGCUGAUUCCCACAUACCGCGUGGGUCACAGGUUAAUGUUUGGUGCAGAGAGAAGUUAUUCAGACCCCAGUGGAGGGGGACACUUUAUUUAAAAUGUUUUAAAGAUGAACCAAAAAAAGUGGGAAUGCUCUUUAAAGGGGUGAUUUUUUUUAUAAGAUUUUUUUUUUAUUAUUAUUCCGACUUGCACCCCUAAAUGCCCCCCCCCUUCCCCCCUCAUGGGCAGACUGGAAGUGGUAAUCAUACUGCCACUGAUACCCGCCACUGGAUGCCGGUUCUGCGUCUGUCUCCACACGUCAAAAUCCGUUUUCAUGUGACCACUGCAGCCAAUGACUGGCCACAAUGGUCACAUGCCACCCAUGCAGCACAACAGGCUAUAGUGUAUAUAGAAGUUCUCCUUCAAUGUGUAUUAUAGGAUCCAGGUCAGUAAAGACAAAAUAAAAUCGUUAAAGUGGUAAUAGUCGCCUUGCCGAUCGCCCACGGCUCCCGUUCUAAUGUUUGGCUGCAGCGGUCACUUCUCUGCUGGGGAGCAAGAAGCGACCCGGUGGGAAGUGUCGGAACGGGAGCCGCAGGGGAUCAGUGAGGUGAAUAUUACCUUUUUUUUUUUUUUUUUUAUGUACAUGAUUCUGCUUUUAAAAAACAAAACAAACAAAAAGAAAUUGUGGCCAAACAACCCCUUUUAUAUGCUCCAAUUUUUUUUAUUUUUGUUGCCUUUUUUUACAUUUUAGGCAAGUUUUAACUUUUCCUGACGGAACCAAAGCCUCUUAAGAUUACAUUUAACCAAAGGGGAAAUUGGGUCUUUUUUUUAGGAAAGAAAAAAAAGAAUCGGAAUAGAUUAUAAUUUUUUUUUUUUUUUUAACUGCGCACUGACUCCACACCGGCCGCCGCGUCACCACCGAUUCCCUGUCUCCAUCUACCGGCUCCUAGAAAUAUACAGAUA